CAGGAUGUUCAGCAGAACAGCACUAGCAGCAAAAACAGCAACAGAACAAUUCAAGAUAACACAGGCCUCCAAAACAAGGAGAGGCUGCUUCUGGGCCUCCAGUCCUUAGCCCCGGACUCUCCCAGACAUCGGAUCUUCACCCGCCAGUCUCUGGCCCGGACUCGCACAGAUGCUGACCAACUUGAUGAGUAUUUCCAGCAUGCUAUGGUUAUUAUAGCAGCAAUUUCUCUGGCAAACUGCAGGGUGCUACCGAAGUGCUCUAGUUUGGAUGCCUGGGAGGCGAAGGUGAGGAUGCGGGAGAGGCAGGGAGAUCGCGCAUGCGCAGCCGGCCAGGACUCCAACCCUCGCCGUGUCCGCGCCUGCGCCUGCGCCUGCGCUGGCCUGCAGUGCGCCUGCGCGCCUGCGGGCGGCGGGGUGAGCGCGGAGCCGAGCGAGUGGUGGCGCCGGCGGGGAAUGGCGCUGAGGCGGAUCCAGAAGGAGUACCAGGAUUUGGAGCGUGACCCUCCUGCACUGUGUUCAGCAGGUCCAGUGGGAGAUGACUAUUUUCAUUGGCAAGCCACUAUCAUGGGGCCAAGUGACAGCCCUUACCAAGGUGGCGUCUUCUUUCUGAAUAUUCACUUCCCUUCCGAUUAUCCUUUCAAACCACCCAAGGUUUCGUUCACAACAAAGAUUUAUCAUCCGAACAUUAACAGUAAUGGAAGCAUUUGCCUCGACAUCUUGCGCUCACAGUGGUCUCCAGCUUUAACACUAUCAAAAGUUCUUCUGUCAAUCUGCUCACUGCUGUGUGACCCAAACCCUGAUGACCCUUUGGUCCCAGAGAUUGCGCAUACCUACAAAUCUGACAGGGAAAAGUACAACAAACUGGCCAGAGAUUGGACAAACAAAUAUGCAAUGUAGAAGUGACCGCCAAGAAACAGAAACUCCUUUACAUAAUCCGAAUGCAAAAAUAAAAGCUGGCUGCAGUUUUAUGGAAUCACCUGAGCCAUUCCGAGUGAAUGUUGUAUUUGGUGAGGAGUUCUGUCGGAAAGCUGGGCCACCCUGCCCUUGGCCUGAGCAAUCAGCCAGCCAUGUAUGGAUGUGCAUUUUGAAAUAUACAUAUUAUAUAAAUGAUAUCGCCAGUUUCUGUGACAGCAGUCAGUUUGCUGGCACUCCAACAUUUUACCCGUCACAGAGGUGAGGGAGGCAAUAGCAACUUUGUAAGUGUUUUGUUUUGGAAGUGUGAUGCUUGUUUUCCUUGAUCUAUUUAUGCUGUCUGCACUUCAUCUUGUAGAGUGAGUGUGUUUUUUAUAUAUAGAUUAUAUACUUGUGUCUGUAUAUACACAUGUAGAACUCAGCCUCUCCUGAGCACAGUUUUAGUGAAUAUUGCGAUUGGUGGUGUUGGGGACUCAGUUGCAUCUGCUGAGUCUCACUGGAAGUGAGGGUUCCUUUGCAGAUGUACUGACGCACAGCCCCUGGUCGGCCUCCCACCUACAUACCCAAAAGAAUUCCCUUGUAACUGGGUACGUUUGUCCUCUAAUGCCAACACUUGGGUCCUUUCCCAAGCAGCCACCCUGUUGGAUACUGUCCCAUCCUUAUCCUGUAGUGCAUGUUUUAUGCACUGGCCACCCCCCGUCAUUGUUGCACUUCAGAGACCUCGUGGAGCUGGCCAUGAAUAGGUGCCAAAACUGGGACCUGGGAUUCGUGUCAUUUUACUUUUUAGCUUCUGCCAACUGCACUGUUUGUCAGGUCAAGAGGGGUAUGCCUGAUCGGUUUCCCUGCCGUCGCUCUCCCAUCCCACCAAAAGACACUACUUCAUGUGGUAAGGAGGUCCUGCCAUGCCUUUGGGUCGGAUGUGAGAUUCACAUCUAGCACUGUAGGCACUAGCUCACGUGUACGGUCUGAAGUUGUCCCUGGCCAUUUUAGGAACGAUGCCCUCACACUUCAAUGGCAGACAGGGCUUUCAGUCCUUUAAGUUGGCUGCGACUGGUAACUGGAUCUCCGAUGGUUAGCAGAUGCUGUUGUGUUUUUCAUCUACUGGUGCCAAUGACCAGGAACACGAUCUGUGGCUGGUCUGUCACGGAGAUUACUGUAUCAGCCAUAUUGCAACCUGGCUGAGGCCUAACUCAGCAGAGGGUGGAGAUCAGGUUCCAGUAACUUCCUUUCUGUUUUCUCCCUGAUUUGAGUGGCCCAUUGUGUAACUGACAGAAGCCUAUGGCUGGAACUUCUGAUUCACCUCUUGUGUUUAACCCUUUAGUGUCAAAUGGAAGGGAAUGAUCCAGUAGGGACUGUGCUCAAGGCUCUAAUGAAGUUUCAUUGCCAACACACAAACUCAUGCUGCCCGUAGGUGUGAGGUGGCUGGGCUCUAGCCCUGGGCAGUUUUAGUAAUUCUUGCCUUGCUUCACUGGGUAUCUUCUGCUUUGAAUGUGGAAAAUUCCCUCUUGUGGAGGAUUUGAAGUGAGUUUGUAAAUUAGGGAAUCAGUAUAUCACCUUUUACCCACUCAGUCAGUUGUGUGAGCUGAUGUCAGUUUCCUGCCAAGGUGUUAACUUGUCUGCAAACUCCAAUGGAUUCUUUUAAAUUUAAGUAAUGAAGAGCUAUGAUUGAACAUGAAAAAAUCAAAUAUACACUUUCUUUUUAGUUUAAAUGAUGGGAUUUGUCAGUUUUCACUGAAAUGAUAUAGCUUUGUGUUGGUACAACGUAGUGUUUUGUCUUUUUUAAUGGUUUGUUGCAAUAUACAAAUUCCUUUCCUAAACUGUGUGAAUAAAUUGGUGGCUGGUUUCUGCUCUAA